GUGUCAGACAGCUGUUAGCUUCUUUUUAGUUGGUUAUAAAGAAACAGAAUGAGUGCUUUUGAAGCACAGUUUUUUUCUGAAAUCGACAAGCUUCGUGUUCAGCUGUUGAACAAUGUCGACAUUAUAGCAGAGAACCAACGUGCUGUGGAGGAAACCAGUCAGGAUGGAAUUUUAACUCAAAUUGAAGAUGUAAUCCUGGGAAUAAUGACCAGUCUGUCAAGAGAUGAAGUACCUAUCCUGGUACUGCCCAACAGAUCCAGUUGGGCCAAUAUCAGUUUUGACAGUGCUGUCGGGCUUCAGAUGAGGUCAGGGCAUUCUGUCACCUCCAUUAGGAGCGACUGUUCUUCAUCUGUUACUAAAUUUGCGCAAAUUUUGAAGAUUCUUUCCGUCAUCUACAGGCUGGUGCAGAGCAACUCUUAUGCUACGAAAAGGGACAUAUAUUACAACAACAUACAGCUGUUUGGGUCACAGAGAACUGUGGAUAGUAUAAUAGAUGACAUCUCCUGCAUGCUGAAGGUUCCUCGCAGAUCACUACAUGUGUUGGCCACAUCCAAGGGCUUAAUUUCUGGUGAUCUGUGUUAUUUGGAGGAGGAUGGAACAAGAGUUGACUGCCACCCCACCUCAGCAGCUGUUUCCAUUUCCUCAAACAUCGGUGGAAUUAAAAAUAUUGUAUCAUCAGCUAAAUUUAUCAUGAUUGUAGAGAAGGAUGCAACAUUCCAGCGGCUCCUAGAUGAUGACCUCUGCACAAAGCUUUCUCCUUGCAUCCUAAUCACAGGUAAAGGUGUGCCAGAUGUGAACAGCAGACUGAUGGUGAGGAAGCUGUGGGAUACGUUACACAUUCCCAUCUUCGCCCUGGUGGAUGCUGACCCUCAUGGCAUUGAGAUCAUGUGUAUCUACAAGUAUGGAUCAGUGUCAAUGUCAUUUGAGGCCCACAGUCUGACCGUCCCAAGCGUUAUGUGGCUUGGCCUUCUCCCUUCUGACCUGCAGAGGUUAAGGGUUCCUGAGGAUUCCCUGAUUCCUCUUACCAAGACAGAUGAAAACAAGCUCAACAGUCUGCUGAAGAGGCCAUACUUAACCAGCCAACCAGACUGGUGCAAAGAGAUUGAGCUGAUGCAGCAGAGUAAAGUUAAGGCAGAACUGCAGUCCUUGUCCUCCAUAGCUCCGGACUUCCUCAGCAACAUCUAUCUGCCUAAUAAGCUUCGAUAUGGUGGCUGGUUAUGAACACUGGUUCUGCUUAGAGGAAUAGCUGGUAUUGGUACUGUAAAGUCA